GAGUGGUAAGUGAAAUAGGAGAAGCUUGACUGUGAAUAACAAGAGCUUAAGGCACAUCCCAAGUCCUAACUUGUUCAACUAGCCCAUCAAUUUGGGUAUAGUAGAUGUUAGUACAAAUCAACUUAAUUCCUAACCAUUAAAAGUCAAUUCAUACAAAUUCACAAGGUUUUCUACCCCUGGCUUUUUAAUGCAUCACUUUUCCUUCCAGAGCAUCAGUAAGUGUUUGAACCUUCUUUAACAGCUAAUAAUCCUAGAGCUGUUGGGAAGAGGCAAAUGAUGGCUAAGCCCACAUUAAUGGUUCAUAGACUUUCAUUAUAAGAAUUUUGAAUUGAACGUAUAUGUAAAUUUGGCAGCUAACAUCCCAAGGAGAGCCGGUGAGGCUGGUGAGAGUGUUGAACCCUUGGGGAAAAGGCGAGUGGAACGGUGCCUGGAGUGACAAGUCAUUAUUGUGGAACAACGUGAGUGAAAGUGACCAAUCCAACUGUCUUUCUUCGGCCAUUGAUGGGGAGUUCUGGAUGUCAAUGGAGGACUUCAUUGCAAACUUCAAGGAUAUUACUAUUUGCUGCCUCAGUCCUGAUUUUCUGAACAGUUCCUCUAAAUACAGCUGGACUUCCACAUGCUAUUAUAGCAGCUGGGAUGUUGGAACUACAGCUGGUGGCCGUCCCAGGAAUAAAGAGACUUUCUGGACAAACCCUCAGUUUCGAAUAAGGAUUGAGCAGCUUGAUGAGGAAUGUGCCAGUGGCCAGUGUCCUGAAAACAUUCUGGUGUCCCUCAUGCAGCUCCAUGAGAACAGAUACAGAAGUCUUGUUUCUAACUUCUCCAUUGGCUUCAGCGUUUAUCUGAUACCACCAGAGAUGAAAGAGGAGAAGUUCCCAGCCAAGUUCUUCUAUAAUAAACACCCUGUGGAAGCUACCGAAAAAUUUACCCAAGUGAGACUUGUGAUGAAAUUAUUCAAGCUUGAACCAGGAGAGUAUCUCAUUGUACCAUCCACUUUUAAUCCUAACGAGUCUGCAGAAUUCAUGCUGUCCAUCUCCACAAAGAGUGGGUCUCAUAAGAAGAAUUAAAAAUCUGUCAUGGCAUUGUAUAAAAUCAUUGUCAGGGAACAAUCAGUGGGACACCAGUUGAAUGGAAAGACACCAGUGCAUUGAUCUUGUAUUAGUUAUUUUAUUGUCUUGUCACAUUAUUGCAAAACGUUAGUGAAAAAACAUAAUAAAAAUAGACUUUUCCUGUGUUUUCGACAUA